GCUCUCGCCUUCCGCAUUUGGCCAGCACUGGAGCAAUCGCGACACAUUUUGGCACCAUAUUAAGUCAAUCCAAACAAUUCCGUUAGAUUACACGUGACUAAAACAGACAUUUUAUUUUCAUAACGGAGAGUGAACAACCUGACGAGUGAAAAAGAAGAAACUUGAGUUUUGUUUGUGUAAAGAACCAAAGGCUGUAAUAAUGGAAACGAAAGGGACUCUCUUCCUCCGUUCAAACCAUAUGCAUUACAGCAGACCCACAAUGGUUUCGUGUUGGCACCAAGCUAGAGAAGCUGAACCAAAGGACUAUGAUGUUGCAGCUUGUCCAACAGGAAGAAAAGACCUGCAUCUCUCUACCUACAGACAUUUUUCCAAUGGCAAAGCUGAGGGUUGGACAACAUCUACAGAAGCUCAACUGUCUCAGCAUCAUUUAAAAAAAGACUAUGAAGUGAAGGAAACCCCAAAGCCUUUUCUUUCAGCACGUAAUUUUAGUGCAGCAGGAUUUGAAAGGGAGACAGGCCGACCAAAGACUGGUUUUAGAGCAGUGUUACCUCGCCAUCCUGCAGAUCACAACAAAAUGGAUUUGCAGACAACAUAUUUCCGCAGUUUCCAGGCUCCUUAUGUUUACACCGCUCCCCCGAAACCUGCGCAGGAUCUACCUGACUAUUCUACUGCCUUCAGGAAAUGCCACUCCCAAUUCACUGACACAGCCGACUACCGCAGACAUGGCAAAAACAUCUGGCAAGAUGAGAGUGGAAAUUACGCCAACAAGGAUCUAAAAAACAAACUGCUGAAGCACAGCAAUCCCAUAACUCAGCAUGUGUUAUAAUCAUCUCAUUAAACAAAUCAUUUCUAUUGGUUUUAGCUUGUACAAUUACAGUGGAAACCUUGAUAGUAUUGUUGCUAAUAAAGAAAGCUCUCAAAG